AUGUUUGGCGCCACCAAUCCAUUAGUAUCUGCCCCAGGCACAAUACGUGGCGAUUUUUGCAUACAAACGCAUCGUAACAUUUUUUACGGGUCCGACUCAGUUGGCAAAGAAAGAUUGCACAUUGGUUUACGCCCUGGGAAAGAAAUGUCAAUUUCGUUACAAAAUGCUGCUAUUUUGGUUGCAAAAAUUUUAUAUGGCUCACGAAGAACUUUCAUGUACCGAAUGGGGAUGUUAUGA